AUGCCAUCGCACAGGACGCUUCCUGGCUCGCUUCUCGAAGCCAAUACACGAGCAACUGGGGUUAUAAAGGACCAACGAGCACUACCUGCUUACUCUACUGGUCACAAAGAGGACCCUUUAAACCAUCCAAAUCAACUGCUUAUCUCUUCCAUGUGCAUUCCUCAAGUUAACACACUGAAUGAGGCGCUCACUUCAACAAUGCCUGCCAACCUAAUUUUGCGCAUACGAAGCUCUGUAGGGCUGAUCCCUACUCUGUACAACGAGUACAAGACAGAGUUCGACGCCUUCGCUCAGACACUAGUGGCCAACCUGGAACGAAUACCCACACUUCCUGUUUAUUGUAAGGUUGCUGGGUCUUUCAAGAAGCGAGGAAUAGUGAAGGUCCUUCAACGGUUGAUUGUUGAUGGGUACAUAGAGCCUAUUUCUAUCACUAGAGAACAAAUAAAAACGUGGCCAGUCGCUCAUAGUAACGUUUACUCUGCGCUACCAGAUAUUUUAAACAGGCUCUUGCGUCCGGGUCUUCUAUCGAGAGCAACGACCCAGUCCCUGAGUGAGGUAGAAGGAGAGGAAAUCAUGAAACGCUCCAUUGCACUUACUUGCUACCAGCUCAAGCAGGUUACUAAUAAGAAGGAGGCACCAGCAAAUAUCAUCGUAGAGAAGCAAAGCAUAUCCACUACAUCCAAUACAAAUCCGGUAACACAAAAAACCUUGGAGCUAGAAGAAAUAGAGCACCAUUUCAUGGACUUGGACAAUGAGCAUGCAGGCUACAGUGCAAUCCCAAUGGACAUGUGCCCAUUUGACGAUAGUGUUGCCUCUAGUGACGAGUCAAACACUGCAGAGCCUCCACUAAAGGCAUACUCCAACAUUGAGCACUUUUACAGCGAUGUCUUUGGCCCACUAGAGAAGCACCCAAGCUCAGAAGGCCAACAAAAAAAGAUCUGCACAAGAGACGAGGCGUCGUCCCACACAGAGGUCUCCACCCCGCUACUAUCCAUUUCAAGUAGCGUAUCAGAGGAAACAAUAGCGGCAUACGUAAUUCCUGUUUUUAAGAAUUGUCCAUAUUUCAGGAGGUAUCCUUCUGUAAAGUUCUACAGAGAGUUUAUCAGAGAGCUAUAUGCAUCACUAUGCAAAGCACGGCAACGGAAGUGUCCAUCUGUUGUAGCUGUCCCUCCUGAAGUACUAGAAAAACUUGUGGCAUCUUACAAUUGCAAGAAUAAGGAGAAGUUAAUCGGAAAGAAAAAGAAGAUAACCAAAAUUGCAGAUGUGAGAUUGGCGCUGGAAGGAUACAUUGGUAGAGGAAAGAAGGGAAACGCAUUCUAUAAUAUUCAGCCAGAGAUAAAGGUUAAUGAACGAUGCUACAUAUAUAGAAGCGAGCUUCUUCAGAUGGUGAGCACAUACCAGACUGCCCCUCCAUUGAUGGGUAUGCUUGGUCAUUACUGUGGAGCCCAAACCAUGACUGCAUACAUGCAACGUAUCUCUACUGUGUUUGAGUUGCCCAGAGAAGAAGUUAUUAUUUUGGGGAUAGAAUCAUUUAGUUGUCCCCGCACAGCACAGGACGAUGAAAAUUGGGCGGGGUUUUGCUGUAUUCACGUCCAAAAAGUAAGUGACGAGGCCACGGCAACCAUCCCAUACCUACCGAUAGGAGUUUCACGUGUGGGAUCCUUCAUAGUGACAAGUGACCAGGCUGCCAAUAUAACACUAGAAGAAAUCUAUCCUGGCACGGCUGUACGUUCUCCUGUGGCGCGAUAUGAUGCAUCCCUUGGCGGGAUGCAGCUAACGCUCCUACAAUCAACAGUGGUUAACGUGAGACAAAACUCGCUGGUUAUAGUCGGCAUGGAUAUACGUGACUCCAUCACAGAUGCACCCUCUUCAAGGCGACACAAUCUUCUUAACGUGCCCCGGGACGGGGAAAUCCUCUGUCACAGCGCCAACAUUUUUAUGCGGAGCAGAUGGGACGUAUUCAUGGCCUCCAACUCUGAAGAUGGCAUCAUGUUACCCCAGCGUCUAUGUGCAAAGUCAGUCUGCGAUGUUCAGACGAAUAAGAAUGUGUAUAUGACCGACUACUUGUAUAACAAAAGACUACGGAAAACAAAAUUGUUUAGAACGCUAGAUUGCACGGUACAUGAACUUCUUGGACAGAAGUUCCAGCUCAUGCAGCUUGAGUCUGCGCGCGAAGCUCUCUGUAAGGCCAAAAUACAGGACGCUAAUGAAGUAGUGGUGUGCGAAAAUAGCCUCUUUAUAUUAUCCGCCCUCAUGAUACACCCUGCAUUGAUCUGUCUUUUAGAAGCGGACGAUCGACGAAAUGUGCAGACAAUCUACGGCCUUGCAUCUGAUAGUUCAAUAUACACUAAUCCAAAGAAGCUAGAAAUAGAAGUCAGAAAUAUCUUCAAACGCUAUGAGGCCGAGCAAGAGAACUUGCCACCUGGGUCAGCUCAGGCUCUAGCCUAUGACGCCAUAAGGACAUACUUUCUGGACCUCAUGAUACUGUAUGCUCUAUAA